UGGAAAUACUCACAGUGUCGUCGUCUGGGUUAGGGUGUCCCUGUUGAUCGUUGCGGCGAUCCGGGGCCUCUUUCAAAUCCCAGUGGCCGUAUACAUAGAUGACUACCGUAGUUUUGUUUAAAAGACCUUCGGCCCCCGGUGUGCCGCUGCUGUUUGUCGACUUUUAGAUAAAAUAGGGCUUGGCUAUCGUGAGGAGAAGAUGGGCGUUAGCUCCACCUCCAUCACGUUGCUCAGCUUAGUUUUCUCGUUGGUAGGACAACCGUCGGUCGCGCACUUUGUGCUCUGCCGAAUAGUUCAGAUCCUUUCGAGUCGUCAUAUCUUCACGGGAAUAGAGUCGUGCUUAACCUAGUCCCCCACCUUCAUCGUAGCAAAAUAGGCAUCAGCAUAAACCAAGAAAAUUGCAUGACAC